AAAGCUGUUUUAGAACACAGUUUUUGACUUCGAUUUUAAUUCAAGACUAUUCUAUAUAAAUUAACAAUAUAAUUAGGUUAGUCGUUGAAGAAAUUCUCGAUUGUUGUACAUUUUUUAUGAAAUCGUUGACUGAGCUGGAUUUUCGAUAACUAAGGAUUAGUAAAACACACUUUAUAAUUUGAACUUCAAACUUCUGACUGAGUUACCUAUUUCGAUCCGUAACAUCUAAAUGAAAAAAUAAGAACAGAUUUGCAGACGAAUAAUCCGACACAUGAACAAAUCAUCGUUCAUAUGUCAUCAAAAGAAGUAUUAAAAUAGGUGGAUACUAUAUAGACAGUGUAUUGCCAUUUGCUAAAGAAUCUCACAUCUUGCUGCAAUAUCUCACGUCGAAGUCUUCAAGAAAUCAGUAUAAUGUACGACGUACGUGAUAAAACUGUAAUGAUCACUGGAGCAGCUGGCGGAUUAGGAUACAAGUUCGUCGAAAUACUACUUCGCAAUGGUGCAAAAAGCAUUGCUAUGAUCGAUCUAUCAACAUCAAACGGCCAAAAUGCGGCGACUACUUUGGAGAACGAAUUUGGGAAGGGCCGUGUCGUUUUCAUUGCCUGCGACAUAACAAAGGCUGAUGAUUUAGAGAAGACGUUCAAGAAGAUUGUUGAUACAUUCAAAGGACUUGAUAUUGUUAUUAACAAUGCUGCUAUAUUUAACGAUAACUAUUGGGAGAAAACGAUCGAUCUUAAUAUUAAGGCACUAAUUCACAACUCUAUGAUGGCAUUCGAUUAUAUGGGGAAGCAUAAAGGUGGUAAAGGCGGUGUAAUCGUGAAUAUUGCAUCCGUAGCUGCAUUAGAUCCAGGUUACUUUUUUCCAAUAUACAGCGCUUCGAAAUGUGCUGUUUUGGGAUUCAGCCAAUCUCUGGCAAGUAUGUACGACAAGACUGAAGUGCGAGUUAUUAUCAUGUGUCCGGGCUUAACAGCAACACCAUUAACCAUAAACAUCAACAGUAGAGUUUAUGACUCCAUUCGCUCUAUAGUAAUCAACAAGAUCGCUGGUAUGGAGAAUUUGCCGAAACAGACAAGUGAUAACGUGGCACUUGCAGUAUUAAAUCUGAUUCAGAAGGGUAAAAACGGAGAGACUUGGAUCAGCGAAUUUGACCAACCGCCAUCCGCCAUAAACUUUCCCCAUUAUUCCAAACGAUGUACGCCAGUAUAAGUUAUUUUGUUUAUUUUAUUUUAUUUUGAAUUUACAUUAUGACAAAUCAAUUAUU